AUGUGGCUUUUGUCUGACGACUUUGGGGAGAGAGUGAGAGGGUGGUGGGACAGUUAUACUGUGCUUGGGAAUCUUAGUUGUCGUCUUGUCCAGAAAUUGAAGCUUCUCAAGAUAGAUCUGCGACAGUGGAAUCGGGAGGUGUUUGGGAAGCUACAAACUCAGAAGGUGCUUAUUUUGACAGUAUUGCAGGGGCUGGAUGAGAAAGAUGAUAGGGGUAUCUUGUUUGAGGAGGAUAUGGCCCGUCAGGAUACGGCUCGAAAGGAUUUUGGUCAUGUGGCUCGUAUGGAGGAGAUUAGUUUUCGCCAAAAAUCUAGAUGUUUAUGGUUAAAGGAUGGAGAUCGGAAUACAAGCUUCUUUCAUCGUAUGGCAAAUGCGCAUCGGCGAGUGACUCAGAUAGGGAGAUUGCGGGUGAAUGGGGUGGUGUUAUCAUCCACGGAGGAGAUUACGAUGGCCAUAGUAGGUUUUUAUGAGUAUCUAUUUCGGCCUGUUGAGGAAGUUUGGAGGCUGACGCUGGAUGGGUUUCCAUUUGAUCUUAUUUCAGAGGCGGAUUAUCUUUUGUUAGAGAGUGUGUUUACAGAAGAAGAGGUGUUUAAGGUGCUGUGGAGUAUGCUUGGGGAUAAGGCGCCUGGGCCUGAUGGUUUUUCUAUCGCCUUUCUCUAG